GUCUGGGACUUGACCGAGGAGGUCAGCUCCGACGGCACGGCUGCGGCGUUGAUUCAGCCAGUGGACCCAGAUGACGAGACCCCGUGCCAAUGGUGCGCCGACGUCCUGUCCGCGAGCGUGUACGGCAACAGCUUGGACGACCUCGCCACCAUGGUUGUCAGCUUCGCGGGGGGCCCCGUAUUCCAGGCGACGCGCCUAGUCAACGCCCACCAGAUUGGACAGUUCACGUUAGUUGAGCAGGCUCCAGGUUUCGAUGGCCUCGAAGUUGUCGGCGCUGCCUUUGAGUUCAACCGUGGUGGCGGGCGGCUUUUCAUCAAUUGGGGUGACCUUGUGGCCAAGCUGCACUUGAACAAGAACCAGAACGGGCCCUACUGGUUUCACAAGAGGCGCGCCAGGUGGGUUGAGCUGUCCACCAAGCUCGGCGGCACCAGCGGCUGCGCCCGCCAGAACAUCCCCUACGAUCAGCGGCAGCACGAGCGUGAGCCAGAUAGAUGCUUGGAGUUCCCUUCGGUAAGCUUGAGGCUUCUGCUCAUACAGUGUAUACGCCAUGCCCGCGCGCCUUCCGAACGGCAAGGCCGCCUGUCGGACGCAUCCGAUCAGGCUGCGUUCGGGCGCAUCUAUACGAGUCUCAUGUGCAAGCUUCCCAGGAACUUCACCUUCGUCAUUCGCUGCGACUGGCAAGCGAAGAAGGUUGGCACCGUCCACGUCGGGAGGUGCCCCGUCACCAUCAACGUCGUCGACACCGCCGUGGGGCUCUCGGAGAUCGCCGCCGCCGUCCAGGCCGAGAAGGUGCCCACGAUGCGCUUGUGGGAGAACCAGAUGCAGAGGAUCCUCAGGAUGGGCGGGCAGGUGCUCACCGACUUCACGGCCUCCAUGCACAACGAGGCCGCCAAGGAGCACUCCGAACUCAUUUCGAGCAUCUUCGGGCAG